ACUAUGCCUGGCGGCUGGCCCAUGCAGGCUUCAAUCCAUCACUUCCCCACUCACAAAAAACCGUGUACCAGGUAAAACUAAAACCAAACCAACAGCCGCCUUCCAGUUGCAAAAACCCCAAAAGAACCACAAAUUACCACUGCACACAAGCGCAGACAACACAAAAUCAGUUACAACAAUCUUCACUGCUCUAGUAGAACCAUGCCCUCUUUGGCAAGCACCACAACCCCAUUGGACAGCACCCAAGAAUCCCCUAGUCCUGAAGAUGGUUCGGUGUUUCUGGAUGAGAGCACUCACCAUGCGAGUGUGAACAGUAAGGUGGAUCCCAACAAACAAGUGCAAGAAGUGAUUGGAAAGAAGGAAGACAAGGCGGUUUUUUGCCUUCGCUUGGUGGUUCUCUUGGUGUUGCUGGGUGCCGCUGUGGGUGUUUCGGCAUCCGUAUACAAAUACUUGGAUAAGAGUGAAAAGACUGCCUUUGAAAACCAGUUUGACUCGGAUGCUGCCAAGGUCAUGGAAGAAACGGGCAAGACGUUGGACAACACUUUGGGGCCGGCAGAUGCUCUCGUGGUCAAUCUGGUGGCCCACUCUCGGACACUCCCCAAGAGACUGCCCAACCAAACAACGGCCUUUCCCUUUGUCACUCUGCCUUCGUUUGGUCUGCAAGCUACCAAGAUGCUGCGCAAUUCCAAAGGUUUUAACCUGAAAAUGGCGCCCAAAUUGGAGCAGGAACAAGUCCCUGAAUGGAGGAAAUUUGUCAAUGAGACCUACAAGACGUGGAUUGAGGAAGGUUUGGCCGUGGCUGAGAAGGAUCCUGAUUACGACGGGUUGAUUUACAGAGGGUACAAUAACAGGACGUGUCCCGACUUGUUUACCUGGGGAGGACAAGUGGUCGACCUGCCACGUCCGGAUAUGGGCUAUUAUCUUCCAAUGGCAUUGGAAUAUCCCGUUGUGACAGGGGCGGGACGUGGAGCUGGAUGUCCUUACAAUUUUGAUUUGGCACGAUCCUCCAUGCUCAUGCCGCAGGUCAUCAACAUGAUGAAGACACAACGCAAGGCAGCCAUGGGACCAUUCCUCAAUGUCAAUUUCAAUCGAUCCGAUCCUGCCCAAGAGCAACAAUACCUAGGACUUAUUGCCUUUUACCGGACAUCGCUUCCCAAAGAAGAGGAUCCAACAGAACCCAUUAGCGUCAUUAUGCUGCCCAUCUUCGAUGCUGUCGAUACUGUCUAUCUCAAUGACAGCAGUCAUGCCAGUCCUCAGGAUUUUGUGGGUUACCUGGGAGUCGAUAUUCAAUUCAAAGCAUGGAUUCGAAACAUUUUGCCCGAAAAUUCCAACGGGAUUAUUGUGGUUGUUGAACAAUCCUGUGAAGCUGCCGUCCCAUUCACGUAUCGCAUUGAUGGUGCGCAAACCACCUACCUUGGGACGGGCGAUCACCACGAUCCCAAAUACGACAACAUGGUCCGUUCAGUGGUACUCCAGGCGUUGACAGAUCCAACCUUGUUUGACCGUGGCUCCUCCUAUACCGGAGUCCCAUUAUCUACAGACUUUUGUACCCAUACCAUCAAAAUCUAUCCCUCACAGGACAUGGAAGACAAUCACCGCACCAACACACCCCUCUAUCUGACCGUUGUUGCUGCAGGCAUCUUUGUCUUUACGUCGCUCGUCUUUGUCUUCUAUGAUUUCCUUGUGGAAAGACGCCAAAGAAAAGUCAUGAACCGUGCAUUGGCGUCCGGUGCCAUUGUUUCUAGCCUGUUCCCGCAGGAAGUGGCCCAAAAGCUGUAUGAAGACAACAAGGCCAAGUUUCAAAAGGAAGAGCAACAGCGAAACUUCAAGAGUGGUGAAGUACCACAGGAAGGACCGCAUCCAUUGGCCAAGGACACGAAUCAAAUUGCCCAGCUUCAUCCAGAAUGCACUGUCUUUUUUGCUGAUCUUGCUGGCUUUACGGCUUGGAGUGCCAAACGACAGCCCACCGAAGUGUUUCAACUACUAGAGACACUCUAUGGGGAGUUUGACAAGAUUGCGGACCGACGUCGAGUGUUCAAAAUUGAAACAAUCGGAGACUGUUAUGUAGCGAUCACGGGCUGCCCCAAACCACAAAAGGAUCAUGCUGUGAUCAUGUGCCGAUUUGCUCGAGACUGCAUGAACCGAAUGAGUGAAGUCACUGCCGAACUCUCUGACAGCCUUGGAGUAGAGACGGCAACUCUGGGCUUUCGAGUUGGCUUGCACAGUGGGCCUGUCACCGCAGGAGUGUUGAGGGGCCAAAAAGCUCGCUUCCAACUCUUUGGAGAUACAGUCAAUACUGCUGCCCGGAUGGAAAGCAAUGGUGUCAAGGGGAAAAUUCAUGUGUCCCAGUCUACAGCAGACUCUUUGAUUGCCCAGAAUAAGGGUGACUGGCUUUUGGAGCGGCAAGACAAGAUUACAGCCAAGGGGAAGGGUGUCAUGACAACCUACUUUGUGACUCCCAGGUCUGCUGGCCACCUCGCUGAAAGUGUCGUUUCCCAUCGUGAUGGAUUUGGACAUGUUGGAGAGGAAGGGGAGAAUAUGAAGGGAAAGCCAGAACAGUAUGUCAAUGUGAUGGAGGUCUAGAUUAUUAGAGUCACAUCGCGUGCAGGAUGAGGCUUCUCCAUGCUAAGCACAAUUCCAUUUCCAAUGCCUCCAAAGCAUCCAAGAAAUCAUUGGUAGCUUCCACAGCUACCACAGUGCACAACACCAGGGACAUCCGUACGAGCGGAGUCUGACAGCCCCAACGCGAUCUCUUGGGGUUGGCAAGGACUUGCGCAGGAGCCUGGGAGUGGGGUGCCACACUGCGCAGUAGAGUCUCAUCUUGGAACGCUGGGGCCAGGAGCAACCCGGAUUGUCUCACAGCGAGCGAACGGUUGGAGGAUACUGUCAAUCUGGCUGGCCUUGGGCCAAGCCGAACAAUGCAAUUCUGCAAAAGUCGAAACAGCCAAAAUAUGGUGCCGGUGGCCAGCUAGCUAGUAGUCUAAGAGAGGGAUCUUGCCUCUAUUACAUUAUCCCUCAAUCCAGUAAAACUAUGUACUAUGCACUGACCCGGUACUUUGAACAGCUCCCGAAACCUAACAAUCCAGUCACCAGUACCCCGUUUUCCGCUACUUUGAGCCCGCUCUGUGUGCGAUGCUGUGCUCGUCGGGAAUUCUUCCAAAUCCCAAAGCAAGUCUUUUUGUAUGUAUAUAUCUGGCUGAGAGAUCGACCUUCUCACGCCCCCUAACGCCCUGUCAUGCCCGCCCUAACUCGGGUCCUCUCGUGAAUUGUCGUCGUCGUCGUCGUCACCGUCAUCCUCCAACGUAUCCGUCAGAAGCCAUGUGUGCUGAAAGAUUUCCAAAAUGCGCUCUUUGCGGUCCUCGUAGAGUCUUUGGACGAGAGAUUCGCACAAGGAACGUCGUUCUCGAAGACUCUGUUCGCUGGGAACGUCUGCGGGUAUGGUCCAGGUUCUUCGGAGGGACGAUUCCUGAUGAUGCGGCAAAAGGAGCAUGUGGUCACGAGCCGAGUCCAACGAUAGUCUCCUCGUCGUCAUGUCAUUCAACGAUGGUGGUGGUGGAGCCAACUCGUCUCGAGUCGAGAACAUCAAUCGUGCUGUGGUGAGGGCUAGCUCCUGAUCGAGCCGCGUGGGACUAUCGGUGGCUUGUGGUACUAUCGUGGUCGAAGCUGCCUUCGUGGUGCUACCAUCCGUGGUCACAGCUUGGAAGGCGGAGGAAUGUAAAUCGUGCGAAAAGUCGGAUGUCAUGGAUAGCAUGGUGGUUGGAACAGAGGAGGUGCGCGGAUGGCUGCGAUGGUGGUUUCGAGUGAACAGAUAGACUUCAGCAAUGAGGCAAAUAGCAAUGUUUCCCAGAUACUACAGAUACACCCAAACGAAGAAUAGAACGGUGGCUGGUAACAUUGGCUGGCCAAUGGGUUGUCUUGGAUGCGCGGAGAGACGAUCGAAUGGUGCUUUGGCCAACCAAGAGCCGAAAAUCCAAUGAACCAGCCUUGAUAAUACCCAAGCCAAAUUACGCGCCGAUGGGACAAGACGGAAAACGUGGGGUACGCAACGAAUCUCUUGCGGGGAAGGCUGUAAUCGCAUGUCGCGGCCAGGGGACAAAUUUGUCGAUUGACUUAUAGCCCUGCAGGAGCCAACGGCAAAAUCGACCAAAGAAAAUUAUGGGCCAGAAGUAAAGUUUUCCGUUCGAUGCCUGGAAGGUCACGCUAGCACGUAAUGAUGUGGGACGUCCACAAAACAGUCGCAGCAACGGUCAAACACAGUUUUAUUGCACGGACUCCCGCAACAGCAGGGCGGGGCCAGCAAAAAGAACCAACAGCAAGAAACAUCAAAGCGCACGAACGCCGAUCACUGCCAGAUACGUCUCCUAUCAUCUGGUUUGUUCCUUCCAUUCAUGCUCUGUCGUCAACGGGAAGAACUGUCGCACAAGAGCCGGUCUCGAGCACAUGCAUGCGUUGCGGAGAAGCCAGCAAGGGCCAGGCUCAGGCAAACGAGAGUGGGAAUUCGGGACAACCUUAGGCAUAAAUGUGCUAGCUAGGAUGUUAUUAAAUUUACGAAACGAAACGAAUCUAAUCGUUGUGGCUCCCAUCUCUUUAGUACAGUAUUUGUUUCGGUCGUUGCACAAAGGCACCCGAUGAGGUGGAGUGUAAAAUGGUUUAGCUCACAUUGUCCACUGGGCUCCACCGGACUCGAGGACUCAGCAGCUGGGAGUCCAUGAAACCAACCAGUUGAUCCGAAUGACACCACUUGCUUUCGCUCCUCUAAUAAGGGCUGGUGAUUCGAAUGGAAGCACCAAUGUUAUGCGAGGCCUGGGUCUUCGAUCGCGAAGGAUUUGUCUGCUGGUCCAGAUCCUUGGCUAACUGGCUGCAUGAAUACUUUGGGGUCCGAAAGACUGACGCCGUUGGUUAGCACAAGCGGUGCAUAGUUUGGUACCACCCCAAGCAGCUAGCUAGCUAGAUUGUUCUUUUUUGCUAUUCCAUAGCUACGGUAUGGACGGGUAGCUCUAGCUAACCAUCUACAUCAGAUAGAAGUAACUAAGUGAGUCGACUUUUUUUUGAGGAGAGAGAAAGGUUUCAUUGUUGGGUUUUGGGGCUAGGCGACGACAAAACAAGGUGACUCGGCUCGGCUCGGUUCCCUUCUGAAGCAAAUGCUACUGUUGGAUUCCAAA